AUGCCCCCAGCCAUGCUCACCUUCGCUUGCAUCCUGGUGCUUUUGGGAGUGCCUGCACUCAGCAGCCGGUUAGCAAUCUCCAGCACUGCAGAGGCGGCUGGAACAGCAGGGGGUGGCCACCUGCGCUGGGAACCGCGUUGCCAACAGCCCCUGACCAACAGAGCUCCCGUCACGGCGCUGCUGCCCCCACGCCUCGAGGGACCCUGGAUCUCCACUGGCUGCGAGGUGCGCCCAGGGCCCGAGUUCCUCACCCGCUCCUACACCUUCUUCCCCAGCCGCCUCUUUCGAGCUCACCAGUUCUACUACAGGGACCCCCUCUGCCGGGAGCCUGCCCACUCCCUGGUCAUCAAGGGCAAGGUCCGUCUACGCCGGGCUUCCUGGGUCACCCGGGGCGCCACCGAAGCCGAUUACCACCUGCACAAGGUGGGCAUCGUCUUCCACAGUCGCCACGCCCUGCUCGACAUCGCCAGGCGCCUCAACCAGACCCAGGCCGGCCGCGACUGCGCUGGGCAGCUGCCCCCUGCCCGGGCCUGGGUGCCUGGGGCACUGUAUGAGCUGCUGAGUGCCCGGGCGGAGCGGGACUGCAUGGCAGCCCUGGGCUUCACCAUGCACGAGCUCAGCCUGAUCCGCGUGCAGCGCCACCUGCAGCCGCAGCCCCGGGCCGGGCCCCUGCUGGUGGAGGAGCUGUACCUGGGGGACAUCCACACUGACCGGGCAGAGAGGUGGCACUACCGGCCCACCGGCUACCAGUGCCCGCUGCAGAGCGCCCUGCACCACGCCCGCCCCUGCCCGGCCUGCGGCCUCAUCGCCCGCUCCGACGAGCACUGGGUCAGCCCCGGGUGCGAGCUGCGCCCCGCCGUGCUCUUCCUCACCCGCCUCUUCACCUUCCACGGGCACAACCGGUCCUGGGAGGGGUACUACCGCCACUUCUCGGACCCGUCCUGCCUGCAGCCCACCUUCACCGUCUACGCAGCCGGCCGCUACGCCGGGGGCACGCCGUCCGCCAAGGUCCUCGGGGGCACCGAGCUGGUGUUCCGGGUCACAGAGGCGCGCGUGACCCCCAUGGACCAGGUCACCACCGCCAUGCUCAACGUCUCCGAGCCAAGCAGCUGCGGGGGCCCGGGGGCCUGGUCACUGGGAACCGAGCGGGACGUCACACCCACCAACGGGUGCCUGCCUCUGGGCAUCAGGCUCCCCCACGUGGAGUACGAACUUUUCAAGAUGGAGCGAGACCCCCUCGGGCAGAGCCUGCUCUUCAUCGGCCAGAGGCCCACCGACGGCUCGAGCCCAAACGCCCCCGAGAAGCGCCCCACGUCUUACCAGGCGCCCCUGGUGCUCUGUGGCGGGGCAGCCCAGGGCGCCGCCAGGCCCUCGCCGCCCAAGCCCUCGCNCCUGCCCCUGCCGGCUCAGCCGCGAGUUCAACAGCAGCCGCAGAGCCCACAGCACGGCCAGUGCCCGCCGGGGCCACGUGCCUGGGCGCGGCGAUGCCCAGCACUCUGA